UCAAAGAGUGUGAUCAAUGAUCAAUCACGAAUCAAACAAAAACAAAGGAAACGAAUAAAAAAGUUUCGAUCUUUGACGAAACUAAACAGAGAGAAGAAAAACAUAGAAUGGCACUUGCGUAAAAGUCUGUCUUUGGAAACAAAACAAAACAAAAAACAGAGAGAUUUGCGGUGUCAAUUAAAAAAAAAAGCUCGAAACUUUUUUAGACACAGAGAAUGUCAAAACCGAUGUUCUCGGAGAAAUGGGAGAGCUCAAGUAAAAGCAGCAGAAGAGUUCAUCAACGGAGAGACAGGAAGAUGUGGAAGAAACCCAUCAAGAUUUCCAGAUUGCCCAGUUUCGGAUUCUCCGGUUCCGACUUCACUGUUGAUCAGAUUCCGGCCAUCUUCUCCGGCUACACUGCCGAGGAGGAAGAUUCUUCUUCUUCUGAGAUGUCUGAUGAUUCCAGAACUUACUCUAAAUCAUCUGAUGACAACGAGGAGAUUGACCAGGAAAGGUCAAGAUCGGUGAAGAGACGAGCGAAAUUGAAGAGUGUUUCAAGUAUGAAGCUUCUUAGGAGACAGUCAACGAGGAAAUUAUAUGGAGGUCAGAGACUGAAGAAGAUGAGAUCUAUGAAGCGUUUAACUUCUCUGAGGAAGAAGAAUCACGAUUCAAUUUCUAGGGAAGAAUUUGGAUUGUUACAGCCUCAUUACUUGAGACCAACGAGUUCUUCUGCUUCAAAAAAUAUUGAUAGUAAUCAGAAGAAUCUUGGAGUAGCUCGUUUGAAGAGAAUAGCAAGCUUGAGAUACAAUGGGUUGCUUAAAGCUACAUGUUCUUCAGCUAUGAAAGGUUCUUCUUCUAAGAAGAGUAAUGAUGUUUGCACUUAUAGGUAUUGUUCUCUGCACGGUAGGCGUCAUAGCCAUGCUGCGGAUAACAAUGUUACUGUUCCGUCUUUGAAGCGAUUUGUGUCGAUGAGGAGGAAUUUUUUGAAGAGGCAGAAGAGCGUGAACCGGCGUUUGGUGUUAUUAAAGCGGACUUUGAGUAGAAAGAGAGGGCCUUUAGGCGGUGGGAUUGUGACUGAUCAAGAAUCAAAGGAGGUGGAUGCUAAUGCAGAUGGGGAAUCUAAUGAAGAGGUCUCCAGCUCAGAGAAUGGUGGAAAUGAUUCUGAACUGAUUGAAAGAUCUAGUGAGACAGUAAUGGUAGAUGUUGAGGAUAAUAGGGAAGGAGGAAUAGAUUUAAUGGAGACUGUUGCAUCAGCUAAUAAAAAAUGGGUUCAGGUAUCUAAACCAGAGAUUUCGGAUGAUUCAAAUGGAAAAAUUGAAAAAGGUUUGGAGAAAAACGCCGCACAAUUGCACGGUAUAUGUGAGCAAACUGGGGAGGGUCUCGAUCAUGAUGAUGGGACGGUCGAGGGAACAAAGAGGAAAGAAACUAUGGGAGACAAUGAAGAAGUUUGCAGAGAAGGUUCCUCUGGAGAAAUGAGAGAAGAUGAUGUAUAUCAAACUGUGGGAGAUGAUGAAAAAGUUUGCAGAGAAGGUUCCUCUGGAGAAAUGAGAAAAGAGGAUGUAAAGAAAACUGUGGGAGAUAAUGAAAAAGUUUGCAGAGAAGGUUCCUCUGCAGAAAUGAGAGAAGAGGAUGUAAAGAAAACCGUAGAAGUAUGGAAUGAAACUGUAACGCUCGUUAAGCAAGCGUUUGAUGAGAUACUUGCGGAAAUCACUGAUGAUGACUCAUCCGAUGAUAUUUCUAUUACAAAAGAUGAACCUUUAGAGGGUGGAGUGCCAAAAGAAGAUGAUGUAGGAGCUGAUUCGAGUGAUUCAUCUAGCUCAGAUAUGCAGCCUAUUGAAGGAAGGGACAAUCAUUUAUCUGUGAUUGCUUCUGCUUUUCACAUGGGGAAAGAAUCUGAUCAUCAGAGAGGUCCCAAGAAGUGGAGUUACUUGAAAAGGGUAAUUCUUCUCAAGAGGUUUCUCAAGUCGUUGGAUCGAAGGGAGAAGCAUAAGUUGUCUGGUGGUGAAGAGAGAGAAACAAUAAUGCGGUUGAGAAGAGAGUUGGUUGGGGAGAGGAAGAAUGCAGAAGAAUGGAUGCUUGAUCAUGCACUUAGGCAAGUCAUUUCAACACUUGCUCCGUCACAGAAAAGGAAAGUGAAACAUCUUGUUAAAGCUUUUGAAAGUUUAAUGCCAAUGGAUGGUGAUUCUAGAGGUCAUGAUGAUCUUGGAAGUCCCUCCAGAGAAGAGAUUGAAACAGUGAACUCACAAACGAUCUUGAGAAACAAAAACGACACUAUUGAUCUACUAGAAGUUUUGCCAGCAAAGGAUCUUGAAGAAAACAACUUAAGUAGUGAAGCAUCAUCCUCUCUGCAUAUUGAUAUGAAAUGUGAUGAAACUUUGGAAUCAAUAGCAGAAGCAAGUAUAUGUAAUUAUCUUGCCGAGGAAGAAGUAGAUGGGUCGCUUUCCGGUUCAUUGAUAGAAAAAGAAGAGAUGAAAGGAGAUUCUGAAAAGCUAAAUCUUUUUAUAUGGAGGAACCUUAUACAGAAGCACAUGGUCAUCAGUGACAACAGUGAGGGAAAUCGUGAUGAAACUGAGCAAGAACACAAGUGGUCCUGUGGAGCUGAUCAGAUGACAUGUAUUGAAGAUGGAAAUGAUGCAGCUGUUAAAUCGAUUCAGCUAGCUUUUGAAACGAUUCUCUCAGAGAUACCUGACUCAUCGUCCAACGAAGAGAUUGCUUCAGAAUCAUCUAACUCUCUUAAAGAGGAGAGAGAAUAUCAAGGAGAGACCAAGAGGAGCUGGAACAGCCUGCGAAAGGUUAUUCUUUUGAAAAGAUUUGUGAAAAGCUUGGAGAAGGUACAUGUUUUAAAUUCGAGAAAGCUACGGAAUCUACCUGUUGAAUCUGCAUUUCAGACAGAAAAUGUAUUCCUGAGACACCGGUCAAUAAUGGAGGGAAAUAGAACAGAUGGAGAGGAACUGUUGCUGGAUUAUGCUCUGAGACACCGGUCAAUUAUGGAUGGAAGUAGAACAGAUGGAGAGGAACUGAUGCUGGAUUAUGCUCUGAGACAAGCUAUAUCAAGAUUGGCUCCUAUACAGAGAAAGAAGGUAGAACUCCUUGUUCAGGCCUUUGAUACAGUUCUUGAUGGGCAUGAUACUCCUAAACAAACCAAGACUAGUGGUACCUCUCAGAACAAUGAUGAAACUGGCGAAGAAGGAAAUCCAAAACUAGAGGAUGGUUGUGAAGUCAAAAGAGAUGAGCAGAAGAUUAAAAAUGUCUUUGCUAGAUUUCAGGUUCAUCAAAAAGACUUGAAAGGAGAAGAAGAGGUUGAAUCUACGUCGAAGGAAUCCAGAAAUUUGCCUCCUAUCAGAAAUGUCAAACAGCGCAUCGUGAUUGAGAAGGAGAAAGAUUCGAGAAUGUGGAAGCUUAUCUAUAAACACAUGGUAACAGAGAAAGAAGGAACUGAUUCUGCAAAUGGUAAAUCAGUGGCUUCAGUUGAACAUGAAUGUGAUGAUGAGGCUGGUGGUCUGAUUAAUGCUAGAAGAAGUGGAACAGUUACACUUGUUAGAGAAGCGCUUGAGAAGAUUCUCUCUGAAAUCCCAGAUAACUCAUCUGAUGAUCAAUCAAUGGACAGUGAUAUAACUACGGAUCAAGAACUAUCUGAAAGAAACUCUCAAGUUAGUGAAGAGCAUGUUUCUUCAGCAAGGGUGGGCACCUUCAAACCAAAGUCUGAUGAGAAAAGAUUGAAGGGAUGGAACAAUGUGAAGAAAGUCAUUCUUCUAAAGCGAUUUGUUAGCGAUUUAGGAAGUCUAACAAGACUCAGCCCCAAGACACCUCGGGUUUUGCCUUGGGAACCCGAUCCAGAAACCGAAAAGAUCCGUUUGAGGCAUCAAGAAGUUGGAGGGAAGAGGAAUUCAGAGGAAUGGAUGCUCGAUUAUGCACUACGGCAAGCCAUAUCGACUUUAGCACCGUCUCAGAAAAGAAAAGUCUCUCUUCUUGCACAAGCUUUCGACACUAUAAGCUUACAAGAUAUGGGGAGUGGUUCAACCCCCGGUUCAGCAGCAACAUCCAGGAACAUCUCUCGUCAAUCCAGCAUUUCUUCUAUGGCGGUCCAUAAUGAAAAUGAAAGUAAUGCUGAAAUUCUAAGAGGAAGAUUGCGAAAUCUACAAGAGAAUCUCAAAGAUAGCACAAAAGAAGAUGGUGUAGCCAAUGAUUUUGAGGAGAAACAACAAUGCUCGAGCUUGUGGCGGUUAUUAUGCAAACAGAUGGAAGACAAUGAGAGAAACCAAGCAUUGCCUGAAGAAACAAUAGAAACAAGAAAAGAAGAGGAAGAAGAAGAAGAAGAAUCAAAGAGCGACACAGGUGUGGAUGGUGAAAAGAUGGAGCUUUACCAAACCGAAGCAGUGGAGCUAUUAGGAGAGGUCAUAGAUGGAAUCUCUCUUGAAGAGAGUCAAGAUCGGAACAUCAUCCAAGGAGAAACAAAACAGAAAAGUGAAACUUUGCAGGUCUCAAAAGUGAGGAUUGACCGAUGGAGCAACCUCAAAAGAGCGAUAUUGCUGAAGAGAUUUGUCAAAGCCUUAGAGAAUGUAAGGAAAUUCAACCCGAGAGAGCCUCGGUUCUUGCCUCCAAACCCCGAAAUUGAAGCAGAGAAAGUGAAUCUAAAGCAUCAAGAAACUCAAAACAAGAAAAACGGCGAUGAAUGGAUGGUCGAUAACGCGCUUCAAGGAGUGGUUUCGAAGCUAACACCAGCUCGGAGACUUAAAGUUCAGUUAUUGGUGCAAGCCUUUGAGACACUUUCUGCAGGGAACUGAGACAAACAGUAUUGUCUUACUACACACGGUUUUCAGUUCAUAAGAUUUGCAGCUUCAGAAAACAAAGAGACCAUGAAGAACAAGAUCUGAAAGACUAAUCAAGGAACUGGAAGAUAACGAAAUAAUUUUUAUUUGCUCUUGCCAUUUCCCAUGUGUUUCUCAUCUUUUGUUCUUUCAUUGAUUCAUCAUUAUUUUGAUUAAAAUGGAUUCAAUUACAGAAUUGUCCAACCCUUUUUUUUGUUAAUAGCUAAUAAACCUAAGACUGAA